AUGCGGGAACUUCAGAUCGUUCAAAUAUGCUCCUCGUGCGAUCGGAUUGUAGAAGUGCAUGAUUAUCACAUUGGCCAGUUAGAUGUAACGCUUAUUUUCGAAAAUGCUGCUGGUGGUGAUCUCUAUCAUAUCAUUAAUGAUAGCGAAUUCAACCUUCCCUUCACCGUUGUACAGUCUGCGGUCCUCCAACUACUUCGCGCGGUUUCCUUCCUCCACAUGCGCUCGGUUGUGCAUCUGGAUAUCAAAGUCUAUCUAUCGGUCAAAAUUUGA